UUAAAGAAGAGCAGAAUAGGCCACCCCAAAAUGUGAAUUAUUUUGAGCUGAAGGCAAUCAACACCCAGAAGACUCAGGAAAAGCUUUUUACCUCUCUCCCUCAACUGGCUAAAAGAAUUUAGAUAGAGGCCUGAAAGAUAAAGAGAGCUAUUACACAGAUAACCUUUUAUCUGAAAGACUUACUCUUGGCAAGGCAAACUUCUGACUCCCAAACUUCGGUUCUUAUCUUCCUCUGAAUUGGCCUCCUCCUCUUUGAAGCCCCAGGCCACUGAUCCAUUCCCUAGCUCAAGAUUGCUUACAAGCCUCAAUUGCUUUACUGCCUUGAGUCUCAUGGCUUCCUGGGUUCCAGAAGUAGGUAAUUAAACUUGUUGUUUUUCCUGUUAAUCUAUCUUAUAUCAACUUAAUUAUUAGACCAGCCAAAGAAGAGACCAUUUUUACUGCCCCUACAAUACAGUGUGUGUUGAGGCAGGAAGCAUUGUGUCUGUGUGUAGUUCAUUUUUCCAUGUCGUCUUGGCUAUUUCAGUAAUGACUUUCCUCUUGGGGUGUGUGCGUUUUCUGCGUGCAUCUACGAGGGUAUAAAUGUGCCUGUGUAACUGUAAUUUCCUGACUUGCUAGGUCACUAUUGUAGCCGUAAGAUUUCUUUUUGUAAGUCCUCCUGCUUCCCAAGAGAUGGGACCUGUGGCCCAACCACCUUCUAAGCUAUCUGUUAGCCCGUCUCCAUCUACCACAUGUCCCGACAUGUGCCUGAAGUCUGGGAACUCACCCACUCCACUCACAACUCACACACUCACAACACACACUUGGGCGCCUAAACUUGCAUAGGCCACUCCCUCUCUCGGCUUAAUCUUCGGAAUUUCCAGCUCGCUCCGGCCACCACUCCCAGUCGUGGGUGGAGUCGAAAAGGAUCCGCCCAAUCCAGGGCGCACAAAAAUUGCUCCGCACGACCACGGGUCCUCAUUCGGUCUUCCGCCCAGCUCAGCUCACGAUGUGUCACUCUCGCAGCUCCCUCCCCACCAUGACCGUUCUGCGGGCCCCAACCCCUGUCUCCUCCACCAGCCCCGGACCCCGGCGGGGAUCUGGUCCUGAGAUCUUCACCUUCGACCCUCUUCCGGAGCCCGCGGUGGCCCCUGCCGCGCGCCCCAGCGCCUCCCGCGGGCAUCGAAAGCGCAGCCGUAGGGUCCUGUACCCACGAGUGGUCCGGCGCCAGCUGCCAGUCGAGGAUCCGAACCCUGCCAAAAGGCUCCUUUUUCUUCUGCUCACCGUCAUCUUCUGCCAGAUCCUGAUGGCUGAAGAGGGUGUGCCGGCACCCUUGGCUCCGGAGGACACCUCCAGUGGCGCAUCCCCCACGCCCACCCCUGCGCCCCCGGUCCUCGAGUCCCUUAAUCUGACCUCUGAGCCCUCAGACUACGCUCUGGACCUCAGCACAUUUCUCCAGCAACACCCGGCCGCCUUCUAACCGGGACUCCCCACAUCCCCCUCAAAAGAAUCCGAAAAAACAAAGAAACACCAGGUGUACCUGGUGCGCGACAGCGUAUCCCAAACUGGGACUUCCGAGGCAAUUUUAACUCACAACACUGCAGCGGAGACUCCAGCCCGAGCCUGGGAUUAGAGGAGCACCGACACUCCGGGGCGAGACCGGGUGGGGAAGAGCGUCAUUAAUUUAUUUCUUAUUGAUCCUAAUUAAUAUUUAUAUAUGUAUUUAUGUAUGUUCCCCUAGGUGAUGGAGGGGUGUAUGUAAUAUUUAUUUUAACUUAUGCAGGGGUGUGAGAUGUGCCCCCCUACUGAAAAUGCAGAUCUCUUAGUAUUUGAGCUUUGUGGGAAACGUGGAAGCAGGGCUCCCAGAACUUAAGGAGAUCCUUCUCCCGAGAAGGAAUGGAGAGGAUCUGGGUCCUGGAGAGCGCCCGGGCUGAGGCAAGGAUGGUGGCGGGUCUUAGGUUUAGGGACUGGUAUUCCGUCCUCCAGGAUGUCACCUCCGCGGAUCUAUUGUGUGAGGCUUUGGCGGACUGUUGGGAAUAAGGUCCUUGUCCGAGGAUCUUCUCGAAGUUGCCCCCAAGGGGUGGCUACAGUGUCAAAGGUCGGUGGGCUAUCGGGGGCGGCUGUGGGGUCGCCCGGUAUGUUCUGUGAACACAAAUAAACUCGAUUUACGGUCAGCAG